AUUGAGAAUUUUGUGUUUAUGAAUUUAUCAUACUGCUCUAAAUACAUUAUUUUAUUGUAAUUUAUGUUAUUGAACGUUGAAUCACCGUUUUUUUCAAAUUUGCUACAUUUACGGACUUACGGUAUUAGUGGUAGGUCGUAAGUAAUUUUAUACUACUACUAAAAUGAAUAGUGAAUAUUAAUGAACGACGUUUGAAAAAAGCGAUCAUCCGACGGAGGCUGCUGCAGAGACGAAGCGAAAAUGAUCCGGUGUACGAUGAAAACCCUGGAAAAGAUGAGGGAUAUGUUUCAAACGACACUGGGCCCGGUUUCGGGAAUAAAUCCACCCGAAACACGUGAUGUCGGUCACGUAAACAACAGUUGCGCCAAAAACGAGCGAAAUCAGAUUCCAGACAAGCAAUUCGCACCGGACGUGAGUAAAAUAUAAAUCGUUAUUAAUUUGAAAACGAUUGGGAAUCACGCGUUGUAAUAGUUGGCCUGUUGUACAUUAUACUUAAUCCUCGUAUUCUCGCAGACGUUGUGGAAGCUGUGCACCAAGGAUAAGAAGCCGGAAGCGAACUACCCUAGGAAGGAUAAUAACACCAUGCGACUGAAGCCCGGUGAAGUGGGUCUACGGGGUGAUCGUGCUACGGUUCACUUGGGCGUGAACGAGGCGGUGGCCAAAGGCGUGAAGCCGAAAACGGACCGACACGGGCGGCCAAUUGGCGCGGUCUACUAUCAGAUGCGGCCAGGGAUGGUGGACGGUACGGCUGGAAAGGACAGUUAUCAGCAGCGGAAGGACAUGAUGCAAGUGCUGCCUACGAUGCCGGUGACCUCCGACCGGGUCGUGGGACCGGUCACCGGGUUACCAAUCGACGGGGACGAGGACGUGUUCGUGCUGCGGCUGAGCAAGCGGUACAACGAUCCCAACGACAUGUCCUGUUUGCAGAUUGAGGUGCGCCUACCAAAGGAGGUCGAGAAGCCGAUGGACGUGUACACACAGUUCCAGGAGGAAGACUACCAGCCUCCCGCGCCCGCUCCAGAAACUAAAGUUAAGGCACCCAAGAAAAAUAAAGGGAAAAAAGGCGGUGGCAAAAAGGGAAAAAAGUGAACGACGGUAGUGUGAAAAAUGGGAUACGAUAAGCUGCGAAAAAAUUAUACAAUCUAAGACAAAUUGGAUAAGAUACAUUAUACAAGUGGCGGCAAUUCAUUUCAUAUAUCUACUAUAUUAUAUACUGUGUAAUAUGUACCUAUGUAACGUAUAUCGCUCAAUUAUGUUUAGUUGCGUUUUGCGUAUAAAACGGUAAGAUAAAUCCAAAUGUACGCAACGUAACUUA